CCCAGCAGCGGCGGCAGCCAGCGGCAGGCAGUAGUAGUUUGCUGCGCUCACGGUAGUAUACGACCGGUGAAAAUUGUGCGCCGCAUAAAACCGUACGUACGGCAUAAAUCGGAGAAACACAGUCGCGUCCGGUUUCUCUCGGAAUUCGCGUUUGACGCGCGUCGUUUUUCUUCUCGGCGGGAAGAAAAGGAGGGCGACGAACAGGAUCCUCCGCAGAAACACGGUGAAUUCGCGAGGUAACUUCGGAGCGGGCACUCUCAACGAGGACGUGGGAUUGUAGGUGGGCCGGGAAGAGGAAGAAGAUGAAGGGGAUGCUGGCGCUAGCCGCGCUGCUCGGCGUCCUGUCGGUCUGCCGGGUGCAGGCGGUGUCAGAGAGGCUUGAAUUGGCACCAGCUGGCGGAAGAUCAGAGCCGCAGGUCGCUACCUUAUGUGAACCCGGCGAGGUGUAUCUUGCUCAGCACAUGGGCGAGCAGGGUCGAUGGGUCUCCUCGACCGAUAAGAAGAGCUGCAUGACGGACAAGCUCGAGAUCCUGGAGUAUUGUAAGAAGGCUUACCCGAAGAGAGACAUCACCAAUAUCGUCGAGUCUUCGCAUUACGUCAGAGUCAGCGGAUGGUGCAAGCCGGGUAGAUCCAAGUGCAAGCUCUCCCGCUGGGUCAAGCCUUACAGAUGUCUGGAGGGACCCUUCCAGAGCGACGCACUUCUCGUGCCAGAGGGCUGUCUCUUUGAUCAUCUUCAUAAUCAAACAAAAUGCUGGGAAUCUCACAGAUGGAAUGCCACGGCGGCGGAGACCUGCCGGGAGCGAAACAUGAACCUGCGUAGCUUCGCGAUGCUGUUGCCGUGCGGCAUAUCUCUGUUCUCCGGUGUCGAGUUUGUAUGCUGCCCGAAACACCUGAAAGAGAAUGUGAAGACGAAGAAACCGAUCGAUCUGCCCAUCCCGAAGAACGUGGACGAUGACCUCGACGAGGAUGAGGACGAUCUCGACGAUGAGGACGAUUUGGACGACGACGCUGAGGACGAGGACAAUUCUGACGGUGACGACGUGCUUAGCGAUCAGCCCUUCGAGGACGACAGCGAGGAGGAGUACGAUGAUCUCGAUGAUUACGACACGACCACCAGUCGACCGUCGACGACCGUUUCCACGACGGAGAAGAUCAAGCAAGAGGUGACGGCGAUGCCGCUGCCGGUCAGCACGAGCACGCAGCAGCCGUCGCAAACGCAGGGCACGCCCGAUCCUUACCUGACGCACUUCGAUCCGCGAUCCGAGCAUCAGAGCUACAAGCAGGCUCAGAUGCGACUCGAGGAGGUGCACAAGGAGAAAGUCACGAAAGUGAUGAAGGACUGGAGUGACCUCGAGGAGAGAUAUCAGGACAUCAGGGCCCACGAUCCCGUCGCCGCGGACGCUUUCAAACGCUGGAUGACGGCGCGAUUCCAGGAGACGGUGGCCGCGCUCGAGGAAAGCGGCGCGGCGGAGAAGCAUCAGUUAAGCGCGAUGCAUCAGCAAAGAGUGCAAGAGGCGGUUAAGCAGAGAAACGAGGAAGCUAUGUCGUGCUACACCGCGGCCCUUAACGAGACGCCGCCGAAUAUGCACCGUAUUCAAAAAUGCCUGCAAAAGCUGCUGAGGGCCCUCCACAAAGACAGACACCACACAAUCGCCCAUUACAAGCACCUCCUCGACAGCAGUUUGGAACAGGCGCAGCGGGAGAAGCCGGCCACUCUGGAACACCUGGCGGAAAUCGAUAGGAUUACCAAUCAGAGCCUCUUGAUGUUGGAACGAUAUCCGGACAUAAGCGCGAAGAUCGGCCGUCUCAUGGACGAUUACGUUUUGGCCCUCAGGAGUAAGGAUGAAACUCCGGGACUGCUGUUGGCGAUGACGCGCGAGGCGGAGGCAGCCAUCCUCGACAAGUACCAGGCAGACGUCGCUAGCAAGCAGCAAGAGAAGGAACAUCAGAAGCAGCUCGAGCGGGCGCGCAAGGAACAACGUAAGGCGGAACGCGGCGAAUUGCGCACGGAGCAAGAGCAACACGAUUCGGAGAGCGACUCGGCAAUCGAUACCAAGGAUAUGCCAAUGCUUUCGCAGCAGUCGGAACAGCCUGUCGCCGUCGCUGCUAUGCAUAAUGAGGGAGUAGUCAGAGCAGCUCACAGCAUGACUCACGAUGUCUCUCAUUCCGAGCCGGGUUAUUCUGUAAGGCGAGAAGUGUAUCACAGAGAAAGUCGAUCCGUUUACUACACGCUCGCGUUCGCUGGCAUAUCACUCAUGGCGGCUGGAGUUGUGGGUGUCGCGGUAUUCAAGAGACGCAGCGCGAGAAGCCCCCACAGCCAGGGUUUCAUCGAGGUCGAUCAGGCGGCCACACCCGAGGAGCGGCACGUCGCGAACAUGCAGAUCAACGGUUACGAGAAUCCUACAUACAAAUACUUCGAGGUGAAGGAAUAAUUCGGCCGUCACCUGCGAGACUCACAGUUUUGAUUUCCGAAAGCUGAUCGCAACCACGUAUUCGUUCUCGCGUAUUUUCUUCAAGAAUCUCAUAGUAUUUUGUUAGAGUAAGAUAUAUAAAUAGUAUGUAUAUCUCUAACCUCCCCUCCCCCCUGCCCCCGAAAGAGAUUCUUCCGAAGAUCCGGACAUGUACAUUCCCGAGGAAGCGCGCCAACUCAAUCCGAACUUGCGUCUCCUAAUCGGCAAAUCACGCGCUAUGCGAGCCACUUGUACACACUCCGGCGACACGUCGCGGUGCGAAUCGUUUUUGCGAAAGGAUUGACAAUAUGUGUAAAAUAAAAUUUGUAGCAGGGACAACGCUAGAUGGGAACGAAACGGAUUCUACGGGAGACAACGCGAUGUAGAAUUCAACGUACCUAUGUGCCAUACGAAACCACGAAUCUUACACGCUAUCUUCGGAAGUAUCUCAUACAUUGUUUUUAUUACGUUGUCAUACACGUCGAUAUAAAAACGCAGGAAGGAGCGCUCGUGUUGUAAAAGUAUAGAAGAAAAAAGAAAAAAAAACGCCGUUUUUAGAGUUACCUCGAUGUUCCUUCGCCUCUAUACAUUUGUGCGCCGCAGCCGAAAGCUCCGCGGAUCGAUCGCCGAUCGGCAUUCCAGCCGAUCGCCCUCGCUCGCCGGGGCGAGCAUUACGAUAUUUCGAAUGACGAUAGAACACGCGUUUACACGAACGAUUUGCGGGCGCGUUGUCGUUGCGCUCUUUGCUGUAUUUUUAGGUUCUGAUAUUUUCGGAGAUAAUCAAUGGCAAUAAUGCAGCUUAAAUACUACACAAAAAAAAAUAAAAUAAAAUAAAGGCGAUAGCGAUCGUAGUAGCUUGUCAUUGGGAGCAGCAUAAAUAGAGAAUAAAUACUCCGAUUAAUCGCGUAAUCGUUAACGUUAUGCUAAAAUAACCGAGCGCGAGCGAGCUACGCGACACUCUUGAAAUAUCAGAACACACACACCAUGUCAUCGUUGCACGUUUACACCCGUCUUCGUGAUGCAGCUGUUUUUUCUCUCCGUCUCCGUUCGAUUCCCACUGCCUGGUUUCUCUCGAUGAUCUUUUUUCAGUACUUAACGUCUACUUCUAGAUGAUAAAAAAAAAAAAUCUUAAAAUGUAAGGAAAUUAAGAAUCAUUGACGUAUCUCGAGUUAAUGGCGACGAGGAAGCAGGAUGCUCUUAUCAUUCCACGCGAAAAAGUCCACUGUUUUUCAGUCGAGGUGCUGAGAGAACGCUAGUAUGGAGAAUGUUCGGCAGCUUCGUUCGAUCUCGCCGAGAAACGGCGGCCGUUCGCCAUCGAGGAGGUCACGCCGACGCUGCCGAACAAGAGGAACAGUUCAACCGGAGAUCAUUUUCGAGUGGCAUUAGUACCUCCGACUUGUUGAGUCGAAAGAAAAAAAAAAAAAAGACAAAAGUGGCAGCUGUUGAAGUAAUCGUCUUUCUCUUUCGUUUUCGCGUUUUGCGUUCUCGGAAAAAAAGGAAAAAAAAAAAGAUCGUUCAUACAAUAACUAUCUUAGGAUAUUAUUAAUUAUAUACGACGACGACGAUGAUGAUGAUAUAAUAUAUUACACGUUUAAUGCUUAUAUAUUUGUAUAUGGUCAAAUGGAAAAAAAAAAAGGUAGUAGCCCGCACUUUAGCGCCUGGGUCGCGUGGGGAAGCACAGCAUUUUCUCUUUCUUUUCUCAUUCACCUCAGAACACGCUACGCGCUUUCGUCGGACUUGUUUUUGUGGAAAAGGAGCACCCGCGGUGCGAUGCGAUGCGUUCGACUCGGCGAAUACGAGACGCGCGAAUGCGCUGCCAGUCCACAGAGCCCAUUACCGUCCCUUCGGCCAUCAGUGGUUGUGAUCAGUGAUAAUAUCCAAUCGUGGAGUCGUAAAGAGAGAUCUGAAAGAAGAGAAAAAAAAAAGAAACAUCCGAAGGAUCUUUUUCGUCCGAGAGAUCGGGAUAUCUCUUCGCUGUCCGAAAGAUUGCGACGCUUUUUUAGUGGUCUAAAAGAUUAGAACGUUUUUUAAUCAUCUUUACAGCGUUUUUGAAUCAUCUUUUCUAUGGCGGCGGCAUGACGACGAGCGAAGUGCGCCGUCAAUCGAACGAUCGCAUCGCACCCCGGCGUGUUCGGGCCGCGGCCGAUGCACCAGCCGCGCGUAUUGACGCGGCGAGUGAUUUACAUGCGAAAGGGACGGACACCCACGGCUCGGCGGCGCGCGCGAUUAUUACGAACAGGCGGCGAGCAGGCCGCUGAAAGAAGCCGCCGUUCCGUCCCUCAAUAUUCCGCACGGUCCACGCGUGACGUACGUACAUUCCCAGUAACGUGUUAAGUCGGCGAACCCUUCGAUCGCGCUCACUUUGCUACGAUUGUGUCGUGCGCGGCACGUGUUCGAUCGCCCGCGGGAAUUCAAAGGGCGAUUGAAGAAAAAAAAAAAAUUCCUUAGAUAUUAUUAUUCCUAAGCGCACGUGAAGCAGCUGCCUUUCCUAACUAUCUAGCGCGAGUCUCACACACACACACCGAUCGUUUGUCUUCACGCAACUCCGGUGGAAAAGGGUGUGUAAUAACCGAUAAACAAAACAACAACAGGAUGCAGGACACAGACACACACAUAUAAACAACACAUCGCUGAAUGUUAAAAAUAUUAUUUUAGAUAUAUUAUAAGACGAUAGCAAUUAUACCAGUGAAUGUAUUAUGACUAUAUGAAUAACAAGAUAGCAUCAAUGCGUUAACAAUAAUGAUAUAAAAUAUCUGUUAUAUAUGUAUAUGUGUGUGUGUGUGCGACGUAUGGAUAAUAUAUAUAGAUAUAUAUAUAUAUACAAAUAUAUAUAUGAAUAUACACAUGCAUAUACAUGUAUACUUAUUAAAUUAAACUAAACAUUAUGUACCUAUAGCGUAUAUAUAGUCGUUAAACAACAUUGACAACAUCGCAUAUAAAGAAACCUGACCUUGAUACGGAUUCACAGAUGCUGAAGACUCUCUUGAGCGAAUUGUAGAAGGGGCUUGUUAUUUUUCUAAGGCUCACACGGAGCUAGUGCUGCUCUCGCGGAAAGAUAGUUUGCGAUUAUACGAUUGGCUUGCGUUAAGGAUGAUUUAGGCACGCGUGCAAUAUAUAUAUAUAUAUAUAUAUACACACACAUAUAUAUACUGUAUCGUUCGCUAAAAUUUAAAUGAUUAAGUGCAAAGCAAAACACGGCGAAUUCGGAAUACGCGUAUAAGUAUGUGAAUCGGCUCACCGAUAUUUAUCGACGGUAGAAACGCGCGAUCGCGCCAUACCGAGCAACAACGGUCCAAUGCUCUCCCGAUGACUUUCGUAGAAGACAUCGGGGAGGUAUCAGUAUUAGCCAGUAGUCGAAGCAUAUCACGUUUCGGUGAUUCGGUUGUGGCGGGAAAAGAAAAAAAAAAAGGUAGAGAUAACGUGAGAGAGAGAGAGAGAGAGAGAAAGUCGGCGCGCGCGCUUCAAGAUACUGUGAAUUUGCAUCGGGCCACCUCCGUAUAUAUAAGUUUAAGAAUUGAUUUUUGUAAAGAGGUAAUAAGUAUAUAUAUUAUAUCGAGGUAAACUUAGCUUAAAAGCCAUGUGAGACGUGAGGAAAAGGAGAGGAAGAAGAAACAAA